GCCUAAAUUAUACAGAUCUGUGAUUGAAGAUGUCAUUAAUGACGUGAGAGACAUCUUUCUGGACGAUGGAGUGGAUGAACAAGUACUGAUGGAACUAAAAACCAUCCUGAAUAAGACAGUUGCUGCCUAGAAGAUAUUCAUACUUUGAUAGAAGUCCUAGACUUUGUGUGUUAUGGGAAAACAAACUAAUGCAGUCCAGGGCAGUAGAUGGAUUUCAUUCAGAAGAGCAGCAGCUUCUACUGCAAGUUCAACAGCAGCAUCAACCCCAGCAGCAGCAGCAUCACCACCAUCACCACCAUCAGCAGGCUCAGCCUCAGCAGACAGUACCUCAGCAAGCGCAGACCCAGCAGGUCCUUAUUCCUGCAUCACAGCAAGCCACAGCACCACAAGUUAUUGUUCCAGAUUCUAAGUUGAUACAGCAUAUGAAUGCAUCAAACAUGAGUGCUGCUGCUACGGCUGCUACCUUAGCACUCCCUGCAGGUGUGACUCCUGUUCAGCAGAUAUUAACAAAUUCAGGCCAGCUUCUUCAGGUGGUCAGAGCAGCCAAUGGUGCCCAAUAUAUCUUUCAGCCUCAGCAGUCAGUGGUUCUACAACAACAGGUUAUACCACAGAUGCAGCCUGGUGGAGUACAAGCUCCUGUUAUACAGCAGGUACUGGCUCCUCUUCCUGGAGGGAUUUCACCACAGACAGGAGUCAUCAUCCAGCCUCAGCAAAUCUUAUUUACAGGAAAUAAGACUCAAGUUAUACCUACGACAGUGGCAGCACCUACACCAGCCCAAGCACAGAUAACUGCAACUGGCCAGCAGCAACCGCAGGCCCAGCCUGCUCAAACACAAGCUCCAUUGGUCUUACAAGUUGAUGGAACUGGGGAUACAUCGUCUGAAGAAGAUGAAGAUGAAGAAGAAGACUAUGAUGAUGAUGAGGAGGAAGACAAAGAGAAAGAUGGAGCUGAAGAUGGGCAGGUGGAAGAAGAGCCCCUCAAUAGUGAAGAUGAUGUGAGUGAUGAGGAAGGACAGGAACUCUUUGACACAGAAAAUGUUGUUGUAUGCCAAUAUGAUAAGAUACACAGAAGUAAAAACAAAUGGAAAUUUCAUCUCAAGGAUGGCAUUAUGAAUCUUAAUGGAAGAGAUUAUAUAUUUUCCAAAGCCAUUGGAGAUGCAGAAUGGUGAAGAGUUGCUUUUUUUCUUUUAUAAAUAAAAGAAACUUAAAAAAAGUUUAAAGCGGACAGUUUGAAACUUGGGGCAUACGCCAACCAAAACUUAAUUUCUGCAUGUCAGAAAAGUGCAGUAGAAGCAAAGCUACUGGAACAAAGAUAGACCUUGACAACAUAGACACUACUUACUGGCAAGCCAUGGAACUGUAGCACCUGGGGUUGUUGGGUGGGAGGGUUGGGGUUUUGUGUAGGAAAACCAUAAUUGUUGAUUUUAAAUACAGGUACCUGCCACCGGUAAUUAGCAUGUAAAGCUUUGUCUAUAUUCCUUCCUCCAACUUGGGUUCAAUCAGAAGAUACUUGUUGGAAUGAACUGAAGAAACUUCGGUUUUGAUAGAUUGAACUGAAACUGCUUAUUGUAUGUGGUUAUAUUUGGUAAAAGUUGCGUGUGAGCUUUUUACAAAAGGGUAAGAAUUGUGUUGAAUUUUAAUUCACUUGUAUAAGAAAACAAUUUAAAACUCUCAUAGUAGGUCUUAAAUAUUUUUACUUGCUAUUCUCCCUCAGUGAUAUAUACCUCUUCCUUUCCAGCUUUAUGAAACAUCUAUUUACGAUUUAAAGUUAUCAGUGAUCAUAGUUUGGAGAUAAAAUUUGACCCAGGAAUGAAUAUUUAUUUUAAUUAGGUUUUCAUACUUAUUAAAUGUAAUUAAAGACUUGGGUCUUGUCUGAGUUCAGUGGAAUUGAAACGACAACUUUAAUUUCCUUACAGAAAAACUUAAUUUGUUUCUUUUAGUGCCACACCUUAAAAAGAAACCCCAAACUAGCUCCUCAGGAAUAUAGUUUUAUUUUGCAAGCAUACCAUCUAGCUGAAAUUGUAUACACAUGAAUAUAUGUAGACUUUUCCUGUUGGGCUGAAGUGUGUGCUUAUAAAUGUGUUUAGUUUUUAAGCUAAACAUCCAGUAAACAGUCUGUGCAUUGAUUAGCAUAGGGCAGGUGGUGAGGACCUGGAUUUUUAUUAAACAAUUUAGUAAUUAUAAAAGUUUCUUGUGUUUACUAGUAAAGAAUUUUAAAAAUCUAUUCUAAUUCAACAAGUUUUUAAAAUCAACUUUGUAAUUUGAGGGGAAAAUUUGGGGGGAAGAGGUGGGUGGGCCACUAAGUUACCUCUCUUUCAUUUGGUGGCCCUUCCAGGCCAUUGAAAAUAAAGACGUUGGCUCCAGUUUGCACAUCGGGAAGAAAGCAUAGAAAUUUGACUUGUAUAUUAAAAAUAAUAGAAAUGUAAUAUGUAUAUUAAGAAUGCAUAGGUCUGUAUUCUGUAAGGGGCUCUGAAGAACAAUAUGGCACUGCUGUGUUCAGUGUGAAUUCGCUGCCUGGGAGAACUGCAGGAAUGCUUGUCUUCACCAUUGUGUUCUUACAACGAAUUCAACUUUCCAUGGUUUAUCUUGACAAAAUUUACAUGUGUUUAGGUUACUUGUAUAUUGAUAUAUUUUUUUAAUCUUCAGUUUUUGUCUUCCUUUUGCCUUUGUGUUUUCAGAAGUAACACAUAAACACUUUUUAAAGUACAGUACAAAGAAGAAAACUGUGAGCUAUUAUGUAGUAUUCCUUUUUUAACACAAAUCUUUUAACUUUAAAAAAAGGCAAAAAUUUUUUUUUCAACUUCCCACCCAGCUUACCACCUUGAUCUCUUUAAAUUAUGUUCUAAACUUUGGUGUAAAUGGUGAUGUCUAGCAUGCUAGUAGUUAGAUUUUAUUUAGCUGCCAUAACUGGUAAUACAGUUUUUAUUUUGACUAUAUUAAUUAGUUUUUUGAGGGGAAGUUUGUUUAUUCUGCGACUCUCAAAGCACACAGAGGUUUUAGAAUAUAUAUUACUAUUAGUGAGACUGAGAGAAGAGGAAAUGGGAGGGAGUAACAUCACAGAAGUCCUGUUGUUCAACUGUUCUUUAAUAUAGUUGCUAGUAGGUUUGUAUUUACUCAAUAAAGCUUAAGUCAGUGACCUGAACUACCUAUAAAAAUUGAGCAGUGCUGCAGUGUUGCUUAAGUGAAACCCUUUGGCUAUCUAGUAGUUUUUAUGCUACUGAAACUUGGAUUACUGUAUGAUACUCAGCUUGUCUUGGGCCCUCUAUGUAGACAAACAUUAGUAUUCAUAGUAGCAUUGUUUACUGGCCUGUUUUUAUAACUUUAUUUUUCAAAUAUUAACAACCACUGCUUUCAGAGUGGUUAUUUUGUUAUUUUUGAAGCAGGAAAUAACCCUUUGUAUUUGCACCUGUGUAUUGCAUAUUAAUUAUGGUAUACUUGGCAAAUGCUUUUCUUUUACCUGUGAAAAUUCUGAAGGCUGGUCCAAGCUACAUUGCAUACCAAAUUGUGCUCUUACAUAUUAUUUGCAUUGUGUCCUUUUUAAUCAAAUAGCAUGUUUUAGUUUUAUUAUAGUAGCUUUUGCUGUAAGAAUGUCACUUGCUUAUCUUUUAUUGUACUUGAAUUCUUAAUCAUGCUUUUAACAUUGUAUUUAACAAAUCAUUUCGUAUUAGGUUCCAUUGAAAUGUCAUUCCUUUGAAAAGGCAAGGGAUUUCCACUUUGAGAAUUUUAAAAUGAAAGUAGCAUGUUUAUCUAAAGGCAGAAAAUAGUUCAGACUUGGUAUUAUGAAAAUAAGUAAUGGUUUCUGGAGAGGAUUUGUUUAGAUUUGCACAGAUGGUGAUGGCACCUUUUACUUAAAAAAACAUUAACAGUGCUAAAGAAAAUUUACCCAAAAUUACAAGAUAAAACAUGGAAAUGUGUGCCUUUCAGUAUACAAACUCUUGCUUGGUGGUCAUUUGUGUAAUCAGACCAUUUGAAUGCCUGAGAGCAUGUUUAAUUUCUGUGGAGUGCCACAUAUGGCUAAAACAACUCUUUAAUGUGCAAUUAAUUUCUAGAGUAAAAUGUCUGUUAUAUGAGGGGGAUCUUUAUAUUGGGCUUUUCUAUUUUUUAAAUGUUCACAUUUCUUUCUGUUAAUUAAAAUGUCAUCAUAAUGUCACAUUUACACUGUUGCCUCUUUUAAAAGCAAAGCCACUCUGUUCUAAGAUUACAUCAAGACGAGCAGUGUGUAGUAAUUAAAAUGUAUGCUUGAUGAGCAUAAUAGAUUCUGGUUUUAGGAAAUAACAUACAGCUUUUAUAUGAAUAUUUUCUUUUGCUGUAGUGAAAAUCAAAGAUUUUUUUUUUCCUGGCUUUUAUGGAGGAAUGAAAAGAGUUGUCUCCCUGUAAGAGUAAUUUUUGAUUCUCAUAGCAAUAAUGUCACCAUUCUUACCAGAGGGUGAAUACCCCUUGUAUAGGAAAACAGACGUAAUUUCCUCUUGGGAGUUCUCUUUAUGACUUAGCAUUUUCUUCCACUUGAGAAAAUUCCUGUUUUUCCGAUUAUUUCAUAUUGAACUUUUUUUUGAGCUUUUGUGCAAUGUAAUAGUUUAUUGAUCCAUCUUUGUACGUUUUCAUUUCAUGUCUUUCUUCCACCUACCUGUCAGAAUCAGCUAUAGCAGAUUUUGAAUUCGUUAGUUAAAAAAUAGUUGCUUUAUUUGUUUCCUCAUGAGUUUGUUAAAUAGCUUUGCAUUUUAGUCCUCUAUUAUGCUAUGGAAAUGAUUAUGAAGUUUAUAUUCUUCCCUUUUUAAGCCUGCCUUACUCUGUCUUUUGUCAUUGUCUAUGGUUUAAUGAAGAACACACCAAACUAACAUUUUUGUUUAUUUUGAGGAACAAAACUUUUUCUCUUCUCUUUUAAGGGAAGUUACUACACAUUGAGUUAGUAAUUACUCUUUCAGUCAAGGUUCCUUAAUAAGUCCAGUCUGCAUCAGGACUAUGAUUUGGGGGGCAGGGCUAAUCCUUUUUGCUGUUCUGAGCUACUAUUGUCAACUGCUGUUGUACAUACUGUUAUGUGUAAUGGCGUAAAUAUAUUUAUUAUGUUUGUAAAAUUCAUUGCAGAUCAAGGUUGCUCUUCUGUGAUAUAUGGGAUAUUAUGUUUUAAAGACCAUCUUGGAAUACAAUUAGAGAACUUAGUAUUUUGAUGUACUAAGACCUAUUUUAAGUUUAAUAUUCUACCUUUGCAAAAACUUUAAUUAAAGAUGUUAUUUAAAAAAAGUAAUGUUGCUUGCUUUGCUUACUAGUAUAUGGCAUUGUUAUAGAUAAUUGAAUAAAAUACAAUUUAGAAAGGAAAA